GUCCUACAACUCCAGCAUCUAGCAGAUACAGAGCAGGACCUGGUCGGGCAGUCACUGUUGUUGUAAGGAGGAGUGCCCCUCCUCUCAUAAAGGCCCCAUCAGGACUCUUUCCCUCCAGCUGACCCCGUUGUCUCCUCUUCUUCUGAAUGACCCCCAAGGAUGGACAAGGACAGGAAUGAGAUGACUAAGAGAAUAUUACACUUCACCUUGGAGAUCCUCCACCUGCUGACCGGAGAGGAUUAUACCAUAGUGAAGAAGACAUGGGGGGAGUGUGUGGCCUCCAGCAGCCAUGAGUCAGGAGGAUGGAGCAGGGCCAAGGGCCCCAUCACAGAGCCUCCACCUCACUCACCGAUACAUGAGGAGAAGAUCCUAGAACUCACCCACAGGAUCACUGAGCUGCUGACUGGAAAGGUUCCUAUAAGGUGUCAGGAUGUGGCGGUCUAUUUCUCCAUGGAGGAGUGGGAGUAUGUAGGACGACACAAGGAUCUGUACCAGGACAUGAUGGAGGAUCACCGGCCCCGAACAUCACCAGAUGGAUAUACAAGAGGUGAUGUAUUCAGUCCCUGUGUGUUCCCUUCAGAUGGAGUCAUUGAUAGAAAUCCACACGAGAGGUGUCCCCGUCCUCUGUAUUCCCAGGACGGUCCAGAGGAUAAUGUCCCAGAGAACCUUCAGGGUGAAAAUCUGAUGGAUAUUAAGGUCGAGGUUAAAGAUGAAGCAGAAGAGGAGACGGAGAUCAUAGUAGAUCAGCUGUAUGGAUAUACAGAAGAUGAUGUAUUCAUUCCCUGUGUGUUCCCUACAGAUGGCUAUACAGGUGGUGAUGCAUUCAGUCCCUGUGUGUUCCUUACAGAUGGAUAUACAGGAGAUGGAGUUAUGGAUAGAAAUCCACCCGAGAGGUGUCUCCGUCCUCUGUAUUCCCAUCACUGUCCAGAGGGAAAUGUCCCAGAGAAGGAUCAGGGGGGAGAUCUGACUAAUAAUAAAGUGGAGGAUGAAGAAGAGAGGAUGAGGGCCCAUCACCCGGGUAUGAGGGAAGUGAAGGAGGAAAUUCCAGGAGGUGUUACCCCAGAUCUAUCAUCUAAUAAUCCCCCUGAUCAUGAGGAAUCUUCUCCCGACCAACCACACAUUGUUACCACAAGGGCAGAGCAAAAAGAGGAUGAAAGGAUGCAAUGUGAGGAAUGUGGAAAAGAGUUUCCAAAAAAAGCACAUCUUUUUAAACACAGACAAAUUCACACAGGAGUAAGGCCGUAUUCAUGUUCAGAAUGUGGGAAAUGCUUUACAUAUAAAUCCGAUCUUGUUAAACAUGAGAGAAUUCACAGAGGAGAGAAGCCAUAUUCCUGUUCAGAAUGUGGGAAAUGUUUUACAAGUAAACAAAGUCUUGUUACACAUGAGAGAAUUCACACAGGAGAGAAACCCUACCCAUGUCGGGAAUGUGGGAAAUGUUUUAUAGAUAAACAAAGUCUUAUUACUCAUGAGAGAAGUCACACUGGAGAGAAGCCGUAUCCAUGUGUGCAGUGUGGGAAAUGUUUUACCAAUAAAUCAAGUCUUGUUGUACAUGAACGGAUUCACACAGGAGAAAAGCCAUAUUCGUGUUCAGAAUGUGGAAAAAGCUUCAUAAGCAAACAACAGCUUGUAAAACAUGAGCGGAUUCACACAGGAGAGAAGCCAUACUCCUGUUCAGAAUGUGGGAAGUGUUUUACAAAUCAGUCAAACCUUGUGAAGCAUGAGAGAAUUCACACAGGAGAGAAGCCGUAUUCAUGUUCAGAAUGUGGGAAAUGUUUUACAAGAAAAUCACAUCUUAUUAUACACGAGAGAAGUCACAAAAAAGACAAAAGAGAGAGGCCGUAUUCCUGUUCAAAAUGUAUGAAAUGUUUUACAGAAAAAUCGCACCUCGUUUCACAUGAGAGAUGUCACACAGGAGAGAAGCCGUAUUCAUGUUCAGAAUGUGGGAAAUGUUUUAAUGAUAAAUCGAGUCUUGUUGUACAUGUAAGAAUUCACACAGGAGAGAAGCCAUAUUCAUGUUCAGUAUGUGGUAAAUGCUUUAUAAGUAAAUCGCACCUUGUUAAACACGAGAGAAUACAUACAGGAGAGAAGCCGUAUUCAUGUUCACAAUGCGGGAAAUGCUUUACGAAUCAAUCAAACUUCAUUAAACAUGAGAGAACUCACACAGGAGAGAAGCCAUAUUCGUGUUCACAGUGUGGGAAAGGUUUUACAAGAAAAUCGUAUCUUGCGUCACACGAGAGAAGUCACACUGGGGAGAAGCCGUAUUCAUGUUCACAAUGCGGGAAAUGUUUUACAGAUAAAUCGACUUGUGUCAGACAUGUGAGAAAUCAUAUGUGGUAGAAGUCAUUUUGACGUUCUAUUUGUGGAAAAUGUUUUAAAAGAUUAAAAAAAUUCUUAC